AUAAAAUAUUAAUUAUUCUGUGGAGAAAAAGGGUUUAAGAGGAGGUUUAUGAGCAGCCAUGGAAAACUUAACUUCCAAGCUUUCAGAUUCAAACCCUAGCUCCCCCAAUUCAACAAUCUUCACCAUGUCUUCCUCACCGACCCACGAAUCAAAAUCCAAAAUUGAACCGACCCACGAAUCAAAAUCUGAAAUUGAAGAGACCCAUGAAGCUGAAACGAGUGAAACCCAAAAACCUAAGGAGGAAGACCAAGAAGAAGUUGGAAACGAGGAGGAAGAAGAGGAGGAGGGUGAAUGUGGGUUUUGCUUGUUUAUGAAAGGGGGAGAUUGUAGAGACUCUUUUAUUGACUGGGAAAAAUGUAUUGAAGAAGGGGAGAAGAACAAAGAGGAUAUAGUGGAAAAGUGUUUUGAGGUUACUUCUGCUUUGAGGAAGUGUAUGGAGGUGCACUCUGACUAUUAUGCUCCUAUAUUACAAGCUGAGAAAGCUGCAGGGGCUGAAUUGGAGAAGGAGAAGGAGAAGCAGAAGGAUGAAGGCAACGACACCAAAUUGGAAGGGAGUUCAAAUAGUUCUUAGCUAAAGCAGAGGCUAGUAAGUCUACAGAAUCAGAAAAAAAUGAUCUUUUUUUGCUUGGGAUGUUAUAGGUGAUUUUGAUUAUUAAAAAGUGGAAAUUGGGAGAUUCUUUUGAAUUGAGGGAAGAGAAUAGUCCACUAAAUUGUACUGAAGUUGCCUCAAAUUUUAACAUUAUAUGUUUUCUCAUGAACUGAAUAAUUUGUUGCAUUUUGUCUCUGUGUCUUUUGUAUACUCGGCGAAAUUUGGUGUAAACUAUAGUUUCUUCUGAUUUAUGAUAUAACGAUGCUGGAAUGAGCAGAAGAUAUCUUCCAGCUAUGACCUUCAACUCUUGAUCUGCAAUUUCUGUCAUUUUUUUUCGAUAAAUAAGAAUUUGAUGUUAGUUUA